AUGCCUUAUACCAUGCUGAGACAACAAACAAACUCUUACCAGUGUCCCAUGAAAUCACCCACGUUUUCUGGGCUAUGCAGACACACUCAAGAGUAUCCGAAUGUGGGUGGGGAGAUUGAGAGACAUGAAAAUCAUACCAUGAAGACGAGAUCAAAACAACCCGAGCGAAUACACCUAAUUUCCCACAACCCCGAAUACCAGCAUGACACUAAGCAUAUCUUACCAUGUAGUGUCCGAAACAUCACACCCUCCACCCACACCAAUACUGCAACCGUAACGUACCUCAAAUUAUCCAAUACCAUUUAUCCUAAAUUAGCUACAAAUCCAUAA